AUCCCCAUGUAUGAAAUGGAAGUCAAGGAUUUCAUGUAAACAAUUCCAGGACACCCCAGCAAGACACGAUUCCCAGGACGCCAUUGAAUCCCCACCCUUGGAGAAGAAGUUUACAAGCUAAAUCAAGAUAUAAUCCCUCAACUUUCCACUUUAAUUACUUAAUUCCUUUGCAAAGGAGAAAAAAUAAGCAAUGUCUUUCCGAAAGGAGUAUCUUGAUUUGGUUUUGGUCCCUGGUGGGUUGCUGAUCAUGUUUGCUUACCAUCUAAUCCUCUUCUACAGAUACCUGCAUCGCCCUCACACCACCGUUAUUGGCUUUGAAAACAAUGACAAAGAAGCUUGGGUUGAAAGAAUUAUGGAGGCUGACAGGAAAGAUGUCAGUAAUGCGUUGACUGUGAUCGGGUCCAACACAUCGGCUGCAACUUUCUUGUGCUCGGUCUGUUUGACUCUCAGCUCCCUGAUCGGAGCCUGGCUUGGAAGUUCUUCUGAAAAUAUCUUUCGAAGUAAUUUAAUAUAUGGGGACACGAGGCCAUCCACCAUUUCCAUCAAGUAUAUUUGCCUUCUGACCUGUUUUCUCCUUGCCUUUUCAUGCUUCGUUCAAUCAGCUAGGAACUUUGUCCAUGCAAACUAUCUAAUAACCAUACCAAACUGUGAGGUACCAGUCGAAUCUGUGAAAAUAGCUGUUCUCAGGGGAGGUGAUUUUUGGUCACUCGGGCUUAGGGCACUGUAUUUCGCUCUUGAUUUUCUCCUCUGGUUUUUUGGUCCGAUUCCAAUGUUUGUUUCUUCUAUUGUCAUGGUAUUCAUGCUCCAUUACCUUGAUACCAACACGAAACCAUUGCACCCCCAUCGAAAUCCA